AAUAAUCCCCAUCAUCAUCAUCAAUCACACAGUUACCACUUUCUAUUUGAAAUUUUUUUCCGGAACAAAAUCAUUUCACCUUUUACUGUAAACAAUGACUAAUAAACACACUCUCCAAUAUCACAAACCUCCAUCUCUGUAACCCAUUCAAAGUAUUCACAUGGAAAGCCAAACACGCCCUGACACUUUAACACUCUCUCUUUGUCUCUUCUCUAUCUCUCUCUCAAGUCUCAACACAACCUUCUCUCUCUCAUUCAAUUGCCCAGACACCAGAGAUUAAGCCUUCCUGUCAAAUCUGUUUCUCUCUCUCACACAUAAACAGAACACAUCAGUCAGCAGUUCAUGGAAGUCUCCUCCAUGCUUGUAUUCCUCUUCUCUAUUCUCUCUCUACUUUUCAAGCUUUCUCACUCUAAAACUGUAAUAACAGUGGAUGGAUAUUCAGAGUGGAGAAACCCCUCUGUUCAUGUGGGAGACUCCAUCAUUUUCAAGCACAAGGAUGACUACAACCUUUACAUUUUCCAGAACAAAAGAGCCUUUGAUCUCUGCAACUUCACUCAAGCUACACUUCUCACUAAACCCAAUUCCACUUCCUUCAAAUGGUACCCAUCUCGGCCUGGUUUCUUCUACUUCUCCUUCAACAACGGCACUCAAGAGACUUGUGAUGGACAAAAGCUUGCCAUAAAAGUGUCCAACGUGGAUCUCUCUCCAGAACUAUCUCCAAUUGCAGCUCCGCCACCAAGUUCCGGUGGCGUCGUGUCGUCUUCUCCGGCAUACCCGUGGCCGUUCCGACCUCGGCAAGCGACCUCACCAAGUCCAGCGCCGGUUUCAAUCCUUCCGGCCACAAGUCCAUCCUUGGUACCAGACAAAGGCGGUGGUAAUGGUAUGCCAUUUAUUAACAGUAAUCCAGCAGUGCCUCUGCCCACUGGUGAAGUGGACUCUGCUACAAUACGCCCUUUGCCCACCUCUGGAUAUGGAAAACAGGUGGUGGGGUUUGUUGCAGCUCAAAUGGCUGUGUGUGGUGUGCUUUUCCUGAUGCUGCUGUGAAAAGUGAAGGGGAGACACAGAAUUGCAAUCUUUGUAUGUAAAAACAUAUCUGAGUAGGCCAAAGUGUGGGUAACUCUAGUUUUGAAUCUAAAGUACCUUUAAGGGUGAUUAUUAUACCAUGUAUUAUGCCUUACCCUUGACGCUACUUCAGAAUCAUUAGCACUUCUUUGUUUACUCUUUAGUUUGCCAUGCAAUCAUACUCACCUUCCCCCUUUUUUUCUUUUUUUCUUUUUUAAGUUUUUAUUUGAUCCUUAUUUUAUUUUUAUUUUAUUUUAAGUCCAGCUAUAAAAUUUGAGAUCCAUGUUUUAAUAAUGGGGGCUAUAGAUCUAUCUAUCAGUUCUAAGAACAUUUUUAAUGACUUCUCAAAUGACCUUUCAAACUCAAAAUAUAAUAGGUGGAUGAAAAUAAGGCACUCUCAUAG